AUGGCAGCGUUGGAAGAUGAGUUUGAAGAUGCGCCUGAUGUAGAGCCUUUAGAACCAACAUUAAAGAAUAUUAUCGAGCAAAAAUCUUUGAAAUGGAUAUUUGUAGGUGGAAAGGGUGGUGUCGGCAAAACGACGUGUAGUUGUAGUUUGGCUGUCCAGCUGGCUGCCGUCAGAGAGAGUGUCCUCAUCAUCUCUACUGAUCCCGCUCAUAACAUCUCAGAUGCUUUUGACCAGAAGUUCUCAAAGGUGCCUACAAAGGUCAAGGGCUAUGACAACCUGUUUGCUAUGGAAAUUGAUCCAAGCUUGGGCGUAGCAGAACUGCCCGAUGAGUUCUUCGAGGAAGACAACAUGCUCAGCAUGGGCAAGAAGAUGAUGCAGGAGGCCAUGAGCGCCUUCCCUGGCAUUGAUGAAGCUAUGAGCUAUGCAGAGGUCAUGAGGUUGGUGAAAGGAAUGAACUUCUCUGUGGUUGUCUUUGAUACUGCGCCUACUGGCCACACGCUGCGCCUGCUCAACUUCCCCACCAUCGUGGAACGCGGCCUGGGCCGACUCAUGCAGAUCAAGAACCAAAUCAGUCCCUUCAUCUCCCAGAUGUGCAACAUGUUGGGCCUGGGAGACAUGAACGCAGACCAGCUAGCCUCCAAGCUGGAAGAGACUCUGCCUGUCAUCCGCUCAGUUAGUGAGCAGUUCAAAGACCCUGAGCAGACCACCUUUAUUUGCGUGUGUAUCGCUGAGUUCCUCUCCCUGUAUGAGACAGAGAGACUAAUUCAAGAACUGGCCAAGUGCCGCAUCGAUACACACAACAUCAUCGUGAACCAGCUGGUUUUCCCCGAUGCUGAGAGGCCGUGUAAAAUGUGUGAAGCACGACACAAGAUUCAGUCCAAGUAUUUGGACCAGAUGGAGGACCUUUACGAAGAUUUCCACAUAAUCAAAUUGCCUCUGUUGCCCCACGAAGUUCGAGGUGCUGACAAGGUCAAUACGUUCUCGAAGCAGCUUCUGGAUCCCUAUAAGCCACCAAAAAAGUAAUUCCCCUCCUUUCGGGACCAACCCCCGACUACUUCCCUUGCCCAAAGACCGCGCGCCCCUCUGAGCUCCCACAACCGGCCUCUCACCCAUCAAGUACUCACCCUCACAUGCAAAGCGGAGCGUACGAACCAGGCACGCUUCAAGUGCAGCUGAUGACGUCUCACAUCUUCAUAAGCCACCUUGUUAGCAAGUUAGAACAUGAAAACAUUGGUGCUGCCUUACUCUCCUAUCAUGCAUCAUAUCUGUAGCACUAACAUACCUAAUUUAAAAAAAUGUAAUGGCUUCCUUUCCUCCAUACUGAGCAGUGAUCAUCUUACAACAAGGCGGUACAUUAUGGUUCAGCUCUUAAAGUACACCAUACCUGUGGAAUUUUGGUCAUAUGUUAUUCAAUCAAAACCAUCCAUGUCAUUACAAGAAAGAGUACCAAUAUUAGGUUUCAUUUCCUGUCCAACACAAUCUCAAGACUGUAUGUUAUUUAAAUACUAUCUAGAAUUGCACAUAAGGCUCCUGGACAGUUUUAAUUAACCUUUAUAGGAAAAACAUAACUAAUUCAACUAGCAUUUUUUUUUUUUUUUUUUUUUUGGUCUUUGUCAGCAUCCCGAGACUCAGUGGCAGUAUGUGAUCAAAAAUAUUGUUUGAGCCCUGCCAAGCUUAUGGCAUGAGGUUUGAGCUCUGAACUGUCAAAUACUUUGUCUGAUCUUUAUGAGAACACUCAUGUCUAGCAUCAUAAAGUGCAUUGUUGAUUAUGAAUUAGUGAAUGUCACCUAACAUGAACUGUGAGCUGAGCAUUUGGGUGGAUAUAGAUACAAAUUGACUCAGCUAAUGCUGCAAACAAAUCUAUCAGUGAAUGCAUCAGAGUAAAAAAAACAACCAAACAUUUUUCUAUGGGAAUUUCUUGAAAUGAUGUUGCGAGUGUUAAUAAAACUUAAUUCAACAGAGA